AUGGCGGAUGACAAGGUGAGUGAAGUACUUUGCUCUGACUUUAAAUGAAAUUAUUUAAUUUCUUUAGUCAGGUGACAGUAAUUAUUAUAGCGGGAGAGGAACAGCUGGUUCUCUCAGCAGUGAUAGGCUGAUUAAAUUACACGGCCGUGUUUCGUUUCUGUAUUAGAUUAGUCUAUCCUUGAGCUCUGAGUUCUCAUCAGCAAACUUAGAGAAAACAGCUCCUGUGGUCUGAGGAGUCCUGUUUUUGACUGAAACUUCCAGCUGUCUUACCAAUAUUGUAUCGUAAGUUGAGCUUUGAUUAUUUACGUGAACGCACAAAUGCCAAACUCCCCCUUUCCUUGUUUUGAUUUUCUGCUUUUCAGGAUCCUCUGAAACAGCUGAAAGAUUUAACACAGCUCAGAAACCAGCUGGAGGAGAUCCAGAGGCGAGUAGAAACCGAGGUCUCUGUCGGGAUCCCCCAGGCAAGUCUUUCAUGUGUACAUGUAAAACAAGUUAAAGCUGCUAAUUAAAGGGAUAUUCCGGCGUAAAAUUGAUUUAGGGUCAAACACACCGUAACACCGAGUUAGACACCCCCUCGAGAGAUGAAUGUUGCUGACUGCUUGCUUCUCUAGUUAUACCAACUUUAGUAACGAACGCAGAUAGGAAUACACAAUGGUAUGAGGAGCCAUAAACAAACCUCAACCAAAACGCCACUCUAAAGCCACAAAUAAUUCUCAGAACAGCACCUAACUUCAUCAACAGUACAUAUAGGGUCCUAGCCACAGCACUAGCCACCAAACGUCUUUUUAGCUUUGCCUAAUUUCUUUAGCAACUUUAGCACAACUCACCUACUCUCUUCCAGCAGCCACUUGUUUGUGAGACCUCAGGCCAGUCCAUUACGGACUACAGCGGGGGGACGCAGCUCAAGGAAGAACAUUUAUGAUCAUUUCUUCAUGGAAAUGUAUCAGACCAAGAUGCUAAGACAGAAGAACUACCGCGUCUGCAGUGCAAAAUGAUUAAUAUGGUGAUUAUUACUUUAUCAUUAAAUGAUAAAGUAAUGAUCAUAAAUGUUCUUCCUUGAGCUGUGUCACCCCGCUGUAGUCUGUAAUUGAUUGGCCCAAGUUCUCGCUACAAACAAGCGGCUGCUGGAAGAGAGUGGGUAAGAUGUGUUCAGUCUCUUUGCUAAAGAAAUCAGGCAAAGUUAAAAAGAUGUUUGGUGGCUAGCGCUAUGGCUGGGACACUAUAUGUACUGUUGAUGAAGCUAGGUGCUGUUCUGAGCAUUAUUUGUGGCUAUAGAGUGGCAUUUUGAUAUAUCAAUACCGCUGUGUAUUGAUAUCCAGUCGUUACUUAAGUUGGUAAAACUAGAGAAGCAAGCGGAUCUCUCGAGGGGGUGUCUAACUCAGUGUUACGGUGUGUUUGACCCUAAAUUAAUUUUACGCCGGAAUAUCCCUUUAAGGCAUGUCCCUGAACUUAAUUUAAGUUGUUGUUUGAAAAUAAAAGGUCAAUAAAUGUUAAUGAAGAUCAUUUGCACAUUUUGUGACACAUUACCAAUUGUGACACGGUUAACAAUAAGAUUUUUGGCGUUUUAGAUACAUCCCUGUGUUAACCUACCAAAAUGUUUUAUCUUUUCUUCUAUUCUGGGGAGUGUUAAAAAAAAAAAAACUACUUUUUUACUAUUCUUCUAGGGAGGCUCGGUGCUGGGAUCUCCAUUUCUGAAGGGCUUUCUGGCCGGCUAUGUGGUGGCCAAGCUCCGCUCGUCUGCCAUCCUGGGAGUGCUGGCAGGGACAAUCACCGGCAUGUAUGCGGCACAAAACUACCAAGUGCCUAACAUUGAACGGACAGUAAAAGAUUAUAUGAACAGCUUGAAAAAAGGACCAAAGUAA